AUGGUGUUGUAUGGUUCAUACCCAGGGGGUGAUGAUAACAAUCUCGGAGAUGAUAUGCAUGGAGCUGGGGCUGUUUCAUCUAAACCGUCCAAUGAGGUGUCUAAAGUAGCCCCUGGUACCUUUGCUGGAUGGGUUCUUGUCGAGAUACAGAAGGAGCAACAUCCUCAAAAACUGUCAUGCCUGUGA